ACUUCCUCCUCCAAUUUCGUUUGUCAGUUUAGCAAGCAGGGAAGCUAGCUAGCUAGCUGCUAAUAUCGUCCCGAAUUUAAUGUGUUUUUGUAAUUUUUGGAGAUCGUGUCUAACAUGAAAACGAAACGUUUAACUUCUGGCUGAACUGUUUUAAAAUAACAUAAUCUUGAAUCGCAUCAGAGACCUCUUCAAGUCUUAUUUGUUAGCCGCCAGCUAGCUAGCGUUGGCUAACCAUAUCCAUUCUACACCAUGGCAAGUGCAGCAAAUGCAAACUUAAACGCAGUCCGGGAGACAAUGGACGUGCUUCUGGAGAUCUCCAGGUUGCUGAACACAGGUUUGGACAUGGAGUCUCUGUCCAUAUGUGUGAGACUGUGUGAGCAGGGCAUCAACCCAGAAGCUCUGUCUGCUGUCAUCAAAGAGCUGCGUAAAGCUUCUGAAACACUAAAGGCGUCUGAAAACUGCACUAACUGAAGGUGCAGCCUGGUCUCCUCUGUUUGAACUUUAACGGGAUCAUGCCCCGUUCCUGGAUCUGUACCUAU